AUGGCGGACACUGCUUUGAUCAACACGCAUUUGCCCAGCCUUUCGCUUGUCUCGCAGGGGAAAGUGCGCGACGUCUAUGCUACGUCUUUGCCCGACCAUCUCUUGUUUGUGGCGACGGACCGCAUAUCUGCAUACGACGUGAUUCUACGCAAUGGUGUGCCAGAUAAGGGCAAGGUGCUCACGAAGAUCUCGCUCUUCUGGUUUGACAAGCUCAAGCGCACUAUCCCAACGCAUUUUGUCACCGCCAACGUAGACGAGAUGCCCGAAGAGGUUAGGCAAUACAAAGACCAGCUUGAAGGCAGGGCUAUGCUCGUCAAGAAGGCGAAGGUGAUCCCACUUGAAGCAAUCGUCAGAGGGUAUUUAACAGGCUCUGGGUGGGCGGAAUACAAGAAAUCAGGAACAGUUCAUGGAAUCCCACUCCCAACUGGUUUCAUCGAGUCACAGAAACUACCGGAGCCACUGUUCACGCCGUCAACCAAAGCAGAACAAGGACAGCACGACGAAAACAUAUCUCCAGAGCGAGGUGAGCGGUUACGAAUCGUGAUGCCUACCCGCUGUGACAAAUUUUCAGCGAUGGCUCUCAUCGGCGAGGCGCUUUACAACAAACUCUCAGCGGCAGCUGUACAGCUGUACAAGGAGGCUGCGGAAUAUGCGCUUGCGCGUGGACUGAUCCUUGCAGAUACUAAAUUCGAGUUCGGAUUAGUGCAGUCGCCCACUAACGAAGAAGAGUUGAUUCUAAUUGACGAACUCUUGACUCCUGACUCCUCGCGAUACUGGCCUGCCGCCGAGUAUAAACCUGGUGGUCCUCAACCAAGUUUCGAUAAGCAAUUCCUCAGAGAUUGGCUUGUGAGCACGGGUUUCCGCAAGGGGCUAGAGAGUGGCCCGGAAGGACACGAGGGUGGGGGAUGGGUUAUGGAUCCGAUCGUUGUCGAAGGAACAAGAAAACGAUACAUGGAGGCGUUAACCAUGCUCCUGGGGGAGGACGCGAGUAUCUAA